AUGGCGGACGAGAUUACAGUUGUGGCGCGCUGGGCGAUAUCUUCAAGAUUUCUGUUGCUCUUCUUUCAGAAUUUUGUCGAUGAAUUCAUCAUCGAUUACGAUUCUUCUAGUAUUAUCAACAAAAACAGAGAUUUAAGUCCACCAUCUUCGCGGUGCGAUUUGAUAUUUCAAAGAAUUUUUGGAGGUUUUGGCAAAUGGGAUGCAGCUUAUUUUUUGAAAAUAGCCAAAGAUGAUUACAAAUAUGAACAAUUCAUGGCUUUCUUCCCAUUGUUCCCUUGGAUAUUAAGGAUCUUGGUACGAGUACUCCAUCCACUUUUCCAGUAUUUUCUGAACGAGCGAAGUUUAUAUCUGGCGAUUGGAUGGAUGUUGAAUUCAACUCUCUUCACAUUAGCAGCUAUUUCACUUAACAAAUUGACUUUCAACCUGUUUGGUUCAAGGACUGCUGCUAAGUUGUCGUCACUUCUCUUUUGCUUUAACCCUGCGAGUGUCUUUAUGUCAAGUUUGUACACAGAGAGUUUAUUCUCUUGCCUACAGUUUACUGCCAUGUAUUUUCUAGAACAACAACGUACAACACUGGUAGUGUUACUUUUUAGUCUUGGCUGUGCGACUCGUUCGAAUGGUGUUUUAUCGUGUGGAUUUCUUGCGCACAGAAUGACCAAAAACUAUGUCUCUUCAGGUUUAUCUUCAUUUAUUUCAGACACUGGUUCUCUCACUUUUUGGCACUUACAAAGCGGAACAAAAUUGCUCCUUAAACUUGUAAUUUUAAAUGGAAUUGUGCUUUUUCCAUUUAUUAUUUUCCAGUUGUAUGGAUAUUAUUUAUACUGCAUACCACCAAGGAGUUUUCUGGGAAAUUUGACUAAUAGUCCAUGGUGUGAUAAAUUGGUGCCAUUUUCUUACUCAUAUAUUCAAGAUAAUUAUUGGAAUGUGGGCUUUUUAUGCUACUUUGAAUUCAAGCAAAUACCAAACUUUGCUCUUGCUUCACCAGUUAUUAUUUUGAGUGUAAAUGCAGUGUUGAAUUACUGCUUGAACCAUAGAAAUAUUGAAACAGUUAAGAAUCUUGGUUUGUUCCAAAGAAAGGAAAAGUCAGACAAGAUGACAAGGAAGCCAAUACGUCAAAAUGUUGGAAUAACUGGAAAACAAGAGUUUGAUUUCUACCAACACCCUGAUGUCUUUGUUUAUGUUGUUCAUCUCUUUUUCAUGACUUUGUUUGGUUUUACAUCAAUGCAUGUACAGGUCACUACUCGAUUUGUAGCCUCUGCCUCUCCAGUUAUUUACUGGUAUUCUGCGCAUGUCAUCAUGAAAGAAACUUAUUGCCAAUCACAUAGACUUGAUAACAGAAAGUGGAAAUCUCAGUUGAUUAUUGGUUAUUUUUUGUCAUACUUCUUCAUUGGAACUGCUUUACACUGCAAUUUUUAUCCCUGGACCUAAAGCACUUUAACUACAUUUCAAAGCCCAGAUUAAAUAUGUUAUUCCAAAACUCAUUAGUGUGUGUAAUGUGUUCUUAUGACAAUGAUAAUUUUUAUAACUUAUUUAAGCAAUAGACUGCCCUUUCUCUUGGUUUGCCACCAUAUGGGAUAAUAAUUGGAAGAACACGAGAAAGAUUAGUGAUUUACAAACUUUUCUCUUGUUCUCCUAAAAUCCCAAAUGGGUAGCUAUGCCUGUGAGCCAUUAGAAAGUAUGGUCUAAUGCUUUUAGAAAAAAUUCUCAAUACAAAACAUCUUCUAUGGGCAUACCAGUGCGGUAAAUGAUAGGUUUCCACCAA